CAAUAAUGUGACAAUGCAAGAAAAAAGAGUUUGGUCAAGGAGUCAAAAAGUCAAACUAAAAUCAAAUUAGGCUUCUGUCUUUUCCAGUCUAUUUAUUUAUUAAUCCUCACGAAGAUUUCGACAAAACCAAAAAUCUCUUCAAGGGGAAGAGAACCAAACAAUGGAAACCAAAGCCCUAAUUUUCACAGUUCUCUUCAUAGUUCUCACACUCAGAUUCUUGAUCGGAAAACUCAAGCGACACCCUAACCUCCCUCCCUCUCCGCCAUGGUCGUUGCCGGUGAUCGGUCACCUCCGCCUCCUCAAACCGCCGAUCCACCGAACUUUCCUCUCCAUAUCUCAAUCUCUAGGCGACGCUCCCAUCUUCUCCCUCCGCCUCGGUAACCGACUCGUUUUCGUGAACUCCUCACACUCCAUCGCCGAGGAGUGCUUCACCAAGAACGACGUCGUCCUAGCGAACCGCCCAAACUUCAUCCUCGCCAAGCACGUCGCGUAUGACUACACAACCGUGAUCGCAGCUUCGUACGGAGACCACUGGCGCAACCUCCGCCGCAUCGGCUCCCUCGAGAUAUUCUCCAAUCAUCGGCUCAACAGCUUCUUGUCUAUCCGUAAGGAUGAGAUCAGGCGGUUGAUACUACGUCUCUCCAGAAACUUUUCACAAGAAUAUGCGAAGGUGGAGAUGAAGUCAAUGUUAUCUGACUUGACAUUCAACAAUAUCAUCAGAAUGGUGGCUGGAAAACGUUACUACGGCGACGGUGUUGAGGAGGAUCCAGAGGCUAAAAGAGUCAGGCAGCUUAUUGCGGAUGUGGUGGCUCUAGCUGGCGCUGGAAACGCUGUUGAUUACUUACCGUUCUUGCGUUGGGUUUCAGAUUACGAGAAACGUGCCAUGAAGCUGGCGAGUAGAUUGGACGAGUUCUUGCAAGGGUUGGUCGAUGAGAAACGAGACGCUAAGGAGAAGGGCAACACGAUGGUCGAUCACUUGCUUUCUCUGCAAGAAACGCAGCCUGAUUACUUCACUGAUCGCAUCAUCAAAGGAAACAUGGUUGCCUUGAUACUAGCGGGGACUGAUACAUCAGCGGUGACAUUAGAAUGGGCUUUGUCGAACUUGUUGAACCAUCCGGAUGUAUUGAAAAAGGCGAGAGAUGAGAUUGAUUGUAAGGUGGGUUUAGACAGGCUUAUAGACGAGUCAGACAUCUCCAAUCUGCCGUAUCUUCAGAACAUUGUGUCUGAGACGUUACGCCUGUAUCCUUCCGUCCCCAUGCUGCUUCCUCACGUGGCCUCGGAAGAUUGUAAAGUAGGGGCAUACGACAUGCCUAGUGGGACGAUACUAUUGACCAGCGCAUGGGCUAUACACAGAGAUCCACAGCUAUGGGAGGACCCCACGAGUUUUAAGCCAGAGAGGUUCGAGAAAGAAGGAGAAUCUCAGAAGCUAAUGCCGUUUGGGUUAGGAAGAAGAGCGUGUCCUGGUUCAGGACUGGCUCAUCGGCUAAUAAACCUGACUCUUGGGUCAUUGAUUCAGUGUUUGGAAUGGGAGAGGAUUGGAGAAGAGAAAGUGGAUAUGAGUGAAGGCAAAGGUGGUACAAUGCCUAAAGCCAAGCCUCUGGAAGCCAUGUGCAGAGCACGUGCCUCUGUUGGUAAAAUCUUCCACGAGGGAGCUUGAUUUUAUGACUUUCUGUAAGGAUCCCGUAGUAAAAACAAUAAAUAACUCGACUGUAAAUUUCCGACAAUGUUGAUGGUUGUUAACGUGUUACGGUCUGUUCAAUUUAAGACUGAGUUUGUGAAGUUUUGAAAUUAGUUAUAUGUUUAUGAACAUAUAAAUAAAUCUACUGUAAAUUUCCGACAAUGUUAGAAUGUGUCGGUCUGUUCAAUCCAAGAUUGAGUUUGUGAUGUUUUUUAAACCCCACGUCUAAGACUAUCUAAGUAUUCUUUAUCAAUGAAGAAGAUACUGAAUUUGAGCCACAUCUUCUUCUUCUGUUGUAAUCUCAAAUCCUAGAGGAAGGAAGACGCAAAAUUAAAACAUGCCAUGAGGCACUAUGCUAUUGGUGAAGCUGUGGGCUACACAGAUUUCCUCAGCUGUGGAAUGAUCCCGCGACUUUCAAGCCGGAUAGGUUUGCCUCAACGUUUCUUUGAAGGUAAAAUCUUCCACUAGCCAGCUUGAGUUUUUGAAAAAAGUGUCGACCCGCCGUGGCUUAGCGGAUCGGGUUGACCCGCCAACCUAAGCCUAGCUAACGCCAUAAUAUACCAUACAAAGAUUAAUUAAUUACAAAAUUUAUAAAAUCAUAAGUCACAUAGAUAUGGAAAUCAUAACAAUCUACUCACCAGGUGGUAGUAAGCAUAGUAUAUGUUUGUACGGUAUUCAGUCGACUUGGUUGAAAGAAUUCGAAAUAGGAUGACCAAAGACGUUUUAUUAGACCGAUUAAAUGGGUUACAAGGAUGACAGGAGAUCAAGGAAACAAGCCGGAGCUUCGAGGAGCAAACCGGGAGAGAUACAGAGCGAUUAGGAAUGAAUAGAGAUUAAAAACCCUAGAUCUAACCGCUCAAUAUAUGUGUGUCAAGUCCCCUUUCUUUAUGUUUCCGUCUCCUCUUUUAUAGGCUUCCUCUCCUUGAUGCCCUAAUUUCGGUCUUCCUGGGCCUUAGUUCGGGAAGCCGAGUAUACGGGCUUGGGUGAAAUUCCUCCUAACCGGGUGUUUUUGGUCGGCUUUCCCAACGGCUAAAAACACUCUAGAGCUGAGUUGAUGACUCUACUCGCCGAGCCGGAUGAAUUAGGCCAGCUUGCUAAACUAGGUCAUGUUAUUCGAUAGGCCUUGUGGAAGGAUGUAAUCUAUCUCCCACGCCACACCCUAUUUUAAAUGGGUAUUUUAAAUGGGGUUAGUUAUCGCUAUCUCUACGUGUACCCACCAGUAAAUAAUACAAUAUUAUCUAUAAUAAUAAAGGAGAGUUUUCUCCCACCUCCUGCAGCACGUCCUUCUUUAGGGGUGGGCAUAUGUCGCCAUGUGUCGGCACUUAAUUGGUUACCCUUUUUUUUUCCUUUUCCUUAUUCGGUAUCUCUAUAACGCCUCCGAUUUCACUGGUCUCCUCUCUCCUCUCUGCCAUGCCGGAUCGCUCUCUCUCUCUCUCUCUCUCUCUCUCUCCCGUGCCUCGCUCUAGAGAAGGCGAGAGCCACCACCGGUCUCCUCUCUCCUCGCUGCCAUGCCGGAUCGCUCUCUCUCUCUCUCUCCCGUGCCUCGCUCUAGAGAAGGCGAGAGCCGCCACCGGUCUCCUCUCUCCUCUCUGCCAUGCCGGAUCUCUCUCUCUCUCUCUCUUGUCACAGUUACAUCUCUCUCUCUCUCUCUCUCUCUGUGAGUUUUGAUUUCCAUUUGUUUUUGUCUUGGUAAAGAAAGUUGGAGGAGGCAGAGAAGCUUGAUGGAGGAGGACAGAGAAUUCACGAGGUGGAGGAAGCUGGAUGAACAGACAGCGGAAGAGGCGGGAUGAAAAGGCGGAGGAGGAGGCAUGACACUCAAGUUUGCCAGCGGUGGAGAGUUCAACAAGAAGAUGGCGGCCUCUAGAUUAGAGUGAUGAGAGGACGAGAUCUUUGUAGAAGCAGUUUUGAGGGAUGAGGUCUGACACAGGGGCCAAGCCGUGGACGUUAAUGGCAGCGUAGAAGCUGGAGACAGCUUCAGAGUUCAGACACAGAUGUGGGAGCUGUUCGGGACGCAAUGUUGAUGGCUGUCUCCCACCACGCAGCUGCUUUUACAGACGGACUACAGGAUGUGAACUAUUGCCACCGAGUGACGGUUGUUGGUUUCAAACUAUUGCCAGAAAGGUUUAUUCUUUGGACUGGACACAAAAUCAUCUUAACAGUACAUUACUUUGCUGUUCCAUGAGAUUGUAUUUGUUCUCAACAGUACAAUCUGAAGAUGUAAACCAUUAAUAUAGAUUGGUCCGGGAAGGUUCAACUGACUACACAACAUGGCCAGUCUCUGCGUGACAGAAAAUAGACUUUCACCGUUGCAGAGUUGAAUGAAUAUGUCAUGACAUCGCAACUUCAGACAAUUAACUUCCUCUGUAUCGGUAAAGUUACGAGAAUCAAAACUGCUAACGGCUGGUAUUACAUCUCUCAAGCUCCAACGGAGAGGAAUCUUCUUUCACAUGCGUCACAUGUGAUGAUUCAAAUGUGGUUGGUGUCGUCAGGUAGUUAUCCAUCUUUGAUUAAACCGACGAAGUUGUGUUCGUCGACCAAACUGAAGAACGUACACACUGCUGAAGUUGGACAUCUCAAGGUCUGCGUAUCACUCUGUCAUCUUCUCCGUUGUUAAUUUUUGUCAACCCGGUGCUGGACUUAUAGCGUGCAGUUUUUGAUAACCAGCAAUAAAAUGAUCCACCACCUUUCAUCAAUGAAAUUGUUGGGAAUAUAUACACUUUCCAGGGAGGUGAUUAUUGGCCUGAUGACAAUAGGUAUGGAGCUAUCUCCGUUUCUUCAUCACACACUAAGGUUGACACCAAGACUGCCAAGUAGCCAUCAGCUUUUAUGGCUACUGCACUGGGGAAGCAUCUUACUGUUUUACAACCUAGCAGCCAAUCUAAUGACCCUAAUGUGGAUGGUCUCACACAUGACAAGCAACGGCUCACAACAAAUGAAAUGCUCCUAAGAAGGCACGUAACGAUAGUUCCACAUAAAAGCGUUAUGUUCUCCACCUUUUGCUGGUUGGUUAUUAAAUAAAGUUGUGGCCAAAUUUUUUUUUUGACUAUUACUUCAGCUUUCCUGGUUGUUAGCACUUAAAAAAAAUCUUGGUGUUAAAAGAACACUUAAAUAUAAUGUAUAUUUAAUUAGUUUCCA